AUGUCCAAGAAACUCAAAGUCGACAAAAUGGUUAAAAUCUGUACUCAUUCUGGUUCAUUCCAUGCUGAUGAAUCUUUGGCUGUAUACAUGUUGAAGCUUUUACCUCAAUUUCAAAAUGCUGAACUCGUGAGAUCAAGAAACCCUCAAGAUUGGGAAUCGAGUGAUAUUGUCGUUGAUGUCGGGGGAAAAUAUGAUGGAACCAAGUUCUUUGAUCACCAUCAACGUGAAUUUGAUACCACAUUUAAUGAAAAAUAUCAAACCAAGUUGUCUUCUGCUGGUUUAGUUUACAAGCAUUUUGGUAAAGAUAUCAUCACCGAAGUUUUGGGAUUGUCUUCCGAUGACAAGAAUGUGGAAUUGUUGUACGACAAAGUCUACAAGGAGUUUAUCGAAAGUUUAGAUGCAAAUGAUAAUGGAAUUAGUAACUAUCCUAAAGAUGUCGAACCAAAGUUUAAUGACAGGAAUAUCACAUUGCCGUCCAUAGUCUCGAAAUUAAACCCAAGAUGGAAUGAAAGCUGUACUGAUGCCGAUUAUGACCGUCAAUUCAAUGUUUCUAGCGAGUUGGUGGGUAAAGUGUUUGUCAAUUUGUUGGAAGGAUAUGGUAAGGGUUGGCUUCCUGCCAAGUCUAUCGUAGAAGAGGCCUUUAACAAAAGGUUUGAGGUUGAUCCUAGUGGCGAAAUCCUUGUAUUGUCACAGUUCUGUCCCUGGAAAGAACAUUUGUACGCAAUUGAAAAGGAGAAUAAUGCUGAAGGUGCUAUCAAGUUUGUCUUGUUCAAAGAUUCUAGCAGUAAAUGGAGAGUCUCAACCGUGAGUGUAACUUCAAGUUCAUUCGAAUUCAGAUUGGGAUUACCUGAACCUUUGAGAGGAUUGAGAGAUGAAGAGUUGAGUGAAAAGGCCGGUGUAGAAGGUUGUAUUUUUGUUCAUGCUGCUGGGUUUAUUGGAGGUGCAAUCUCGGAAGAAGCUGUUUUGAAAUUGGCUAGAAUGUCCUUGAAAAAGGAUUAA